AUGGCGGCGGAAGCACUUGACAGUCCCUCGCAGCAGGCUACUAGCAUUCAAGAUCUCCCAGCAGAGUGCCUGGGCCUUAUCUUCAAAGGCUUAAAGGCGAAGGACAGGCACGCCUGCUCUGAAGUGUCUCGCGCUUGGAAGCUGCUGGAUGAAGAGACGCGCGAGGAUCUGUACAUCGGCCUGAUGUUCAAGCGUGGGCGCAAGCCAAUCUCCACACCUGCGGCCCUUGCACUGGUCCUCCAAAGGUUCAAAAACCUGCAAAGACAUACGCUGGUAGACAUGGAGCUGUCUCCGCAGCUUUUGCAUGCUGCCGGAACUGUCUGA